CAUUGACCCACUUUAAUGUAUGGGCAUACAAACAUCUGAUUUGGCUCAGCUGAAGGAAAAGGGAAUAAGGCACCACAUGUGCAAACAUUUGAGUACUCUUGUAGCCACUAAAGAAAUCAGUCUUCAUGUUUUAUUUAUCUGCAAUCUUGCCUUAGCUCAUAAUUGCUUAGUUUUAAGUAUCUGUGCUCUUAUGCCACUGCAACUCCAAACUAAGGCAAGGUCAGAUGACCCGUGUGAUUUUUAACCCUCAUUUAAAUCACUGCUCAGUGUUACUUUCACUGAAAUUUAAACCAGUUGUGGUAGAAGUUGCCUUUCCAUUAUUGUCUUACGUGACUGAAUGUGUUAUCUUGAUUUCUUAUAAUAGAACUGCAAUUUUUUUUCCCUGUGAAAAAGCCUUUACUGCACAACAGUGCAGUGUACUGAUUAAAACCUGUGAUUUACGGGCUGCUUUCUUUUUCCAGUAAUAUUUCAUACAACACUUAACUUAGAAGACUGAGAAAAAAAUAGCUCAAGACUGCAUUAUCACACAAAACAUGUACUCUUGUUCAUCACUGACUCAGCCCCAAGAGGAACAGCUUAAAUAAACUGCAUUUAAACUGCACAGAUUAAAAUCGAUGUGUUAUAAAAUUCACACUUCUGAAAAAUACCAAAUAAUGUAGUUAUGCCAGUUGUAAAGCAAGAGCUACAGAUCACUCUUACGUUGGUAACCACUUUAAAGACCCCAUCCAGCCUUGCAAAUAGCAACACAACAUCUACUUCAAAACCAAGUCAAUGACUAUUUCUCUGAUUUCCAUAAAGCACCAGGUUAGUUCUGUUUUAGAAUCCGACAAACUUCUAAGUUGAGAGAAGAAUUAAACCAAUGUAAUUAAUAUAUUAACUUCUGACCUGCAACUGAGGUCAUCUGGCCCUCCAGGUCUCUGCCUGACAAGCCCUCAUGGCAAUAAAACUCUGAUUUUACAUCAUGCUCCUCUGUAAUCAUCAAGGUACCAGAAGCAGAGAAACAAGGUACUUUGCACAGACAACAAAAGCAGGAGUUGACCACUGCCAUUAACACUACUUUGGCAGCUGAGUAACAUAGGUGUGAAGUCUCACUUAAAAACACAGUUGUGGUGAGGACUUAAAAUUACAAGAGUUUAACAGAAGAAGCAGUGCCUUCCCACCCCACAUAAAUACUACAGAGGGUUUUUUUCUUAUGAUUCCGGGUGCCAAGAGUCAUCUUGGAGCAAAAGCAGCACUAACAAACACUUGAUACAUUCAAGGCCCAACCUUCACUGCUCAUCUAAGAAUGCUUCAUUUCCUCAAGCAUAGAAGUCUUUUGCGUGACUGUGGAAAACUUUAUUGCCCCAUUUCAGUUAUGAGGCGUGGAAGGGGCUAGCAACAAACAACAAUGGAGCUCACGUGGAAGGCCCGGCUUCUAAUUACCUUGAUCUUCCUUUCCGAGACACAGAAAGGCAAUAUUUGCUUUUUACCAGCCCUCUGACACCUUUUCCCAUACUCCCAAAGUGUAAGAGGAGAGUGGACAACUUCCCAGCUCUGCACAGCACCAGAAAGGAGGCUCUUAUGUUCCCAAAUCAAGUGGCAAAAGAAGAAAAAAGCAUGAAUGUGAAAUAACUGUGGGAAGAGAACAAAUCAGUAACAUGGAAACCAGCUAAGGGGCAGGUUGCAUGGCAUUGCUAGCUUGAUAAUCUACAGUUCAACCUAAGUAACUGUAUCACAGGAGUGGCUAGUUGAGGGAAUAAAAGGCAGGGGAUUACAGAGUCGAGGCACUUGGAGCUGAACUUGAUCUUCAAGUCCGAGUUCAUCAACUUAGCCACGGAAAGGAGCCAGUGAGAAAUAUUGCAGAGGGACUUCUGCCACGGGGACUCUGCAGCUGCAACCUAGUCAUCUGCUUUAAAAGAUAAAGAAGAGAAAACACUCAAACAUGGUUUGCUUGUGGUUCCUAUCUCUUCUUACUUAUGGACUUACAGUGCUGCAGGGGGUGAAUGGUUGGACAUACCAUUAUUCAGACAGAAACAUGACCUACAGGGAAGCAGAGGAGUGGUGCAAAAAGAGGUAUACUAACAUGGUUGCCAUUCAGAAUAAGGAGGAAAUCAACUAUCUCAAUAACUUCUUACCCUAUAAUCCGGGUUACUACUGGAUUGGAAUCAGAAAAAUUAAUGAUGUGUGGACCUGGGUUGGAACUAACAAAGAACUGACAGAAGAAGCAAGAAACUGGGCUUCAGGUGAGCCAAAUGGCAAAGGGAACAACGAGGACUGCGUGGAAAUCUACAUCAAAAGAGGGAAGGAUGAUGGCAAAUGGAAUGAUGAACAGUGUGAGAAAAAGAAGGUCGCCUUGUGCUACACAGCUUCUUGCAACCCAUCUCUCUGCAGUGGCCGUGGAGAAUGUAUAGAAACUAUUAACAGUCACACCUGCCAUUGUAACCCUGGGUUCUAUGGCCCUGAAUGCGAGUUUGUUGAGAGUUGUGAUCCACUAAGGAAACCUGAGCACGGGAGCCUCGAGUGCAACCAUCCAUUGGGGAACUUCAGCUACAACUCAUCCUGCACAGUUCAGUGUGAGGAAGGCUAUGAACUGACUGCACUGGAAUCUGUACACUGCACCUCCUCUGGGGUCUGGUCUGCCCCCCUUGCAGCAUGCAAAGCUGUGACCUGUCCUGCCUUGGAAAUGCCUGCCCGUGGUGCUGUGAACUGCUCCCAUCCCUCUCUGGAGCUCACCUGGGGUACCAUCUGCGAGUUCACCUGUGAGGAAGGCUUUACCCUGACAGGACCAGCCACGCUGCAGUGUGGGUCUUCUGGGGCCUGGAACAGGCAGCAGCCAUCCUGUGCAGCUGUGAGGUGUGAGGCUGUAAGCUGGCCAGAAGGCGGCUCUGUGACCUGUGAUCCUGCAGAUCUCACCUAUGGCUCACGCUGUGAGUUCCACUGCAAUGAGGGCUACGUUGUGGAUGGCCCGUCCAGCACUGAGUGCACAGCACAGGGACAGUGGUCAGAGCCAGUGCCAAGAUGCAAAGUUGUACAGUGUGAACCACUGAGCUCUCCUCAGAAAGGCUCUAUGGAUUGCUCACAUGGUGCUGGGAUGUUCACAUACAACACCUCCUGCCACUUCAGCUGUCUUGAGGGAUGGAAUCUCAAUGGCUCUCAUGUUCUGGAGUGCAGUCACUCAGGAACCUGGAGUGCCAGCCUGCCCACAUGUGAAGCUCCUGAGCUAGUCAGCUACGUCUCUGUGGGCAUAGCAGCCACAUCUGCCUCCCUGCUGUCCACAGCAUCAUUCCUCCUUUGGCUUGCAAAGCGCUUCCGGAGAAAAGCAAAGAAAUUUAUUCCUUUCAGUAACCAGCAUGAAACAGCCACUGAAGGUAUUUUCCAAAGUACUGGCCAGGAUGUCUAACUCAGGUGUUUCAGGAAUGGAAGCCACCUUUGUCUCAGAUUUCUGGAAAAUGAAGCUGCAUGCAAAUCAGCAGCUCUCCAGAUGUUUUUACCUCUUGCAAUACAAAAGACCUUGUGUGUUUGCUCAGA